AAGCUGCUAAGCUUUCGAGAACAACUUAGCUUGCACUUAACCACCAUUGACCUCCGCUUGAAACUAACUAACUUGGCAUAAGUAUCGUUCAGGAAUCUGGGCACUGUUAGUACAUUCGUACGCUAUUUACUGCGGCAUUGAAAGCAACCCUCGCCAUAUGGCCAAUGAAUUGACUCGUUACAAUGAAUUUUGGUUCGACGAUGGAAGCAUAAUUGUACUGGCUGCAGAUGUAGCGUUCCGCCUGCACAAAGGUAUACUCUCCCGCCAUUCAACUGUCUUCCGGGAUAUGUUCUCUGUGGCGCAACCCGUCGACAGCGGAGCCACACUUGACUGCUCGUUGGACGGAGUACCUCUCGUACACGUCUCUGAUACUAGGGAGGACUUUGAAAGCAUAGUAUCAAUAUUGUAUGAUGGUGGUGUUAAUCUCAGAGAAUUCUACAGCAAUGGACUGUGGCCCCUUCCCUUUUCUGUCGUUUCAGCCUUCCUCCGUCUGGGAUCCAACUACCAGAUUGAUCAUCUUCGCGCAGAAGCAAUACACCGUCUACGCAUCUGCUUCCCUACACGACUCUCCCAGUACAAGGCAGAGGCAUUCAGUAAUCUCACAUCGCAAGAGGCCCAGAAACACUCCAUACCCAUUAUGAUGUCGUUUUCGGAUGCCAUCGAAGUCAUCCAGCUUGCGCAAUCGUUCGAUCUAGCCGACAUUUUGCCGAGUGCUUUCUAUACUUGCGCUCAACUCCCGACAAGUCAGCUAUUCGAUGCUGUAUCUGCUGGUCGGUUGUCUCUCAGAGACCUUCAAAGGAUCAUCGAAGCUUUCCCCCGAUUGACAAGGGUGAACAAAUUCAAGCUUUCCCGUCUGAUAAGGCGGGCCACUAGUCCAACGUGCCAUCACCGCAAUCUGUGCAGGUCUCUCAUGCACGAAAUCAUAGAGGGCCUCUUCGAUGCAGGCCCAGUAUUCGAUGAUGGUGUUAGAGAAUGUUUCUGCUACGACAGGACGUGGCUCACUACGAUCCAAGCGAGUGGGUUGUGUGCUUCACGGAACGUAUUGCAGAGACUGGGGAACAGAAAGGAGAACUGUGGAACAACUUGGCUUCUGUGUUCGGCCUAACCGAUGUUGAAUGGCCCGUUCCCUAUGCAGGCUCCGAUAACUAAAUGCGAUUUCGAUCUCCCCCCAUUUUUUGCUUCCGGCAUGAAUGGUCUCGAGCACAGGAAAUGGAAUGCAGUUGACACUUGGCAUGACAUUC